AUGAGCGAUUUGGACGAGAUCUUGGAUUUUGAAGAGACAGUAGACUUUAAUUUAUCCGAUAAUCCAGAUGCCCUUGCUGUUGAAAUAUUAGAUGAGGAUGGUUUAUUUAACCUUAAUGAAGAUAUAGGCUUUGAAAAUAGUAAACAACUAGAUGAAGGGCCUACUUCGUUAGAAGAGACCAAAGAUAGUACCAAAAAUGGUGAUAAUGACCAAACUCAAAGUAGCGAACAACUUAUAGAGCUAGAUAAUAACUUAUCCAGUGUGGAUUCGUCUGAUACUUUGGACAAAGAGUCCGGGAAGCUUGAAACAGACAAUUCUAUUAUACCUACAUUACCCCCAAAAGAGAACACGCUAAAACCUUCAUCAGAUACUGAUGUUGCUAAAGCUGACGGUAAAAAAUCAAAUAUAUCUAAUAAUGGGAAAUCUGUGACAAGGAAAUCGAAAUCUCCUGAAAAAGAAGACGCUCCACAAAAUUCACAACAAACAAACCACCAUUCUCAACAAAACGCUCAAAAUUAUAGGGGACGAGGAGUGAGAAGAAAUAAUGAGUGGAAUCAAGGAAAUGUCGGUGGUGAAUUUUUUAAUGGAGGCAUGUCAACAUUUCGGUCGGGAUAUGUACCGGGUUUAGACGGAAUGUCAGGAAUUCCGAUUGGACAAAUGUCAAUGGGUAAUUCAUCUAUGAUUCCGAAUUUACCUAAUAUGCCUG